CGGGUACCUGACUCGUGGCUUUACCUCGACUGCAGCCUCAUUAGUCAUUCGGGGUCAGACUGAGAUUUUUCCUGAGCCAACCUUGCGACAUGGCAGAACCCAGCCCAGCAUCACCACCAAGGACGAACGAGACGGACGAGGCGACGGCUCAGCCAGCGGGUUCGUCGACUGCGGCUGCGAUCCUUCCCGCCUCGCACUGGGAAUCGGUAUGUUAUCUUACGCCCCACCGUGGUUACCGUAGUUCCUUUUGCUCUCCAGACUGGCGCCUAGCUAAGCAUGGCUCUGCAUUUUGCGUCCAGAUUGCGCUGGAGCCGGAGGGCGACGACGCUGAUUCGGGAUACAACGACGUGCUGAGCAGCACCGCGUCGCUCGCCAGCAGCAUCCUCCACUAUCGUACUGUCCAUGGCAGGACCUACCAUGCCAGCAUUGGCAACGCGGACGCGUGGGAACCCAACGACGAUAUGCACGCCGAGUCAAUGGAUAUCCACCACCACAUGUCCACUCUGAUGCUGGGUGACAAGCUCUUUUUAGCGCCUAUUGGGCCCAAUCCGAAGAGAGUGCUCGACAUCGGCACCGGCACGGGGAUCUGGGCCAUUGAUUUUGCGGACGCAUAUCCCGGCACCGAAGUCAUCGGCACGGAUCUCUCGCCGAUGCAGCCGGCCUGGGUGCCGCCCAACGUCAAGUGGGAGCUGGACGACGCCAACCUGGACUGGACGUGGGGCGACAAUACCAUGGACUUCAUCCACGCGCGGAUGCUGGUGGGCAACAUCGUGGACUGGCGCAAGUUCUACCGCGACGCGUUCCGCUGCUGCAAGCCGGGCGGCUGGAUGGAGAGCCACGAGGCCUCGCUGCUGUGGCGGUCCGACGUCGGCAUCAGGGAGGACAGCGCCAUGGGCCAGUGGGGCCACGUCUUCCAGGAAGCCGGGCGCAAGAUCGGGCGCACUUUCCGUCUCGUCGACGACGAACUGCAGCAGAAGUACAUGGCAGAGGCAGGCUUCGUCGACAUCGUCGUGAAGGACAUCAAGUGCCCUUCCGGCGACUGGCCCAAGGACGAGAAGCAGAAGGAGCUGGGUCUCUUCGCUCGGCUGGCACUCCUCAGCGACCUCAACGGAUACAUUCUCCACAUCUGGGGGUCCGUGAUGGGAUGGACACCCGAGGAGAUCGCGGUGUACGCGGCCCACAUGAGACGCGAGCUGUCCGAUCCGAAGAUCCAGCCCUGGUUCCUCCGGCGCGUGGUGUACGGACGGAAGCCGGAGACAUCCUAGUGUACACUAGGGGUUGCUUCCCUGCACAGCAAGGGAGCGAGGAGUGGGGGAACAAGGGAGGAAGUGAAUAUUCUCCGAGGCUCUGGGUCUGAGAGUUGAGGCUUGUCUCCCGUCCCGCGAU